GGUUCGUGUGUUCUGUGCAGGUAAUGUUUAGUUUUCGAUAUGGAAAUUGAUAACGAAAAAUUGAUUAGUGCCGUUCGUGAAAAGUCUCCGUUGUGGAACAUGAAAGACAAAAGGUAUCAUUCUCGUGAUGUACAGAUGAAAUUGUGGUCGAAAGUUGCAGAAGAAGUAGGUAUUAAUAAUAAUGUGAACGAAGUAAAGAAAAAGUGGAAAGGACUGCGCGAUGUAUUUAGAAGAGAAUAUAAAAAAGUCUACAAAUCAGGAGAUGAGGCGCCGGAGGAAGGUUCGUCUUCAUGGACGUUCUUCGACCAGAUGCUGUUCCUCUCCGACAUAAUUGAGGGGAAAUGUUGCCUCUCCAGAAAGAACACCUUCUCGAAAUGAUGACGGAGACGCUAUUGCCGAUGAAGAUGAUUUGUCUCAUUUGGAAUCACCACAAACAGUUGUCACUUACCAAGGAGAAGUUAAUAUGUCAUCGAGCGAAACCAGAAAGAUGGAACUCCCAGUACCUGCAAGCAACUAUCAGAUGCGUAGAAAACAGCAUGAUACACAACCAGAUAAUGCUGAAGUUCGUCCUGUUGGUUCUCUAAUAACACCUACAACUAGCAAUCCUAUACGUAAAAAAAUAAACCAGCAGACAUCACGGUUGAAAAUAAAUUUCUAGAAAUCGAGAGGGCUAAGUUACAGUUAUCUACCAAACAUGGUGUUAACAAAGAAGGAGACAGCUUUUGGUAAGUCUUCUUCCAUACCUAAAAAAAGUUCCAGAACACCGCAAAUUGAAUGUAAGAAUAAACUUCAGCAAGUUCUUAUUGAUGAAGGAGAGCAAUGCAACAGAUCCUCGCAUAUCCCAUCUCUCUACACACCAACACCGGUACCCUCGCCUUGGACCAGCGAAACAAGUGGACCCUCAUGGACAAUUCAAACGUCUAACUUACCUUCAGGCGAGAUUAAUACUGGUUUGCGACAAUAUUUCGGGAACUUUUCAGAUACCCAGUAACUGUGUUAUAUAGGCUAAUACCAAUCAGGCGCAAUAAGAAUUACAAAAAGUUUACAUAUUGUCUGUACU